ACUGUUGAUGUAAAGCAACGUUAUUAACUCAAACGUUCAAUAUUUAUCAAACCUUUAUAUUUCUUUUAAGCAAAACUCCGGUUCAAAAUAAAAUGGGAUCAAAUCAAGACGAUUGCGAGGAAUUUAAUUCUUAUAAAGGUGUUGAUCGAGACGAAUUGCUUAGCGAAAUUCAUCGCUAUUUUUUAAAAGAUACAAAGAAGUCGACUGUCGUAUUAUAUGGAAUGUCAGGUGUCGGAAAGACACAAAUUGCUAGAAGAUAUUGUGAAGUGUGUCAUAACUUCUAUAAAAACUUUGUUUGGGUAGACGCAGCAUUUGGAAAGUUACAGAUUUCAAUGAUAAACCAUUGCCACUUAUUAGGACUUAUUAUUCAGGAUUCGAAAGGCGAUUAUUUUAAAAUAGAAGUAAUAGUUGAAAAAGUUCAUAACUAUUAUAAAAAUGAAAAGACUUUGUAUAUUUUUGACAAUGUCGACGACGAAAGUGUUAAAACUUUGAAAACGUACAUAUCAAAAAAUUCGAAUUCAUUUAACCUGAUUACAUCACAAUGGAGAACGUGGUCAUAUAAUGUAAAUAAAAUGCUUAUCAAUGUAUUUUCAUCUAAGGAGGCAUUCGCUUAUGUAAAAAAUAGUAUUAAAAAAUGCACCGAUGAAAACAUAAAAAACUUAAUUAAAGAACUUGGUUAUCAUCCGUUCGCUAUAUCUCAGGCUAUAAAAUAUAUAAAUAUGCAUGAAAUUUCGAUAGAAAAAUAUAUAGAUCGUUAUAGAUCGAAACCAUUAGAAAUAUUAGACACUAGUAAUUUUCCAACUGAUGACGAACCAAAGUCUGCAAUAAAAGCAAUCAAUUUAGUAUUAUUCAAAUUGCAAAAAACUAAAAACUUUUUAUUUCAAAUACUGAACUGUUUAUCGCAUUGCGAUAUUCAAAAUAUCUGUAAAGAAUUUAUAAUUCAAAUGUCAAAUCACAUGAAAAUUAACGACGAACAUUUAAUAGAUGAAGCCAUUGGAUUACUAAUAAGUUAUUCUUUAUUAAAUUGUUUUGCUGACAAAAAAUAUUCCAUACACGAACUGACACAGUUGACAUGUAGACAUUUUCAAAGUAAAAACUCAAGUACAAAUACGUAUCUUGAUUUAAUCGAAAGUUAUUUUAAAUUUGAGUUAACUAAAGUAAACGAUCACGUAGAAUACGGAAACCAUUUUGUUUUUCAUUUUCUCUAUAUGUUUCGUAUUAAUCAAAAGAUAAUGUCAAAAACCUUCCACCAAAUGACGACUGCAAUUAAUAAAUUAUUAUUAUGUAAAGGUUUAUUCGAUGAAGCAAUUGAAAUAUUAAAAGCUAUUCAAAUCUUUAAUACAGAAACUUAUGGUGAAGAUAAUAAAAUCACGCUUGAUACAAAGCAUAGUAUCGCACACUGUUUUUACAAAAUGGCUAAAUAUAAAAAGGCUUUAGAAAUUCAUUAUUCUGUUGAUAAAAUUAAAAGUGAAAUUUUAGGUAUCAACCAUCCAGAUACAAUGACAACAAAACAUAAUAUUGCACUCUGUUUGUACGCUAUGGGUAAAUUUAACAAAGCUUUAGAAAUUCAUUAUUAUGUUGAUAAAAUACGAACUGAAAUUUUAGGUAUCAACCAUCCAAAUACAAUGACAACAAAAAAUAAUAUCGCAAUCUGUUUGAACGCCAUGGGAAAAUAUAACGAAGCUUUAGAAGUUUAUUAUUCUGUUGAUAAAAUAAGAACUGAAAUUUUAGGUAUCAACCAUCCAGAUACAAUGGCAACAAAAAAUAAUAUCGCACUUUGUUUGUACGCUAUGGGGAAAUAUAACAAAGCUUUAGAAAUUCAUUAUUCUGUUGAUAAAAUACGAACUGAAAUUUUAGGUAUCAACCAUCCAGAUACAAUGGCAACAAAAAGUAAUAUCGCACUUUGUUUGUACGCUAUGGGGAAAUAUAACAAAGCUUUAGAAAUUCAUUAUUCUGUUGAUAAAAUAAGAACUGAAAUUUUAGGUAUCGACCAUCCAGCUAAAAUGUCAACAAAAAAUAAUAUUGCAAUCUGUUUAAACGCCAUGGGGAAGUAUAACGAAGCUUUAGAAGUUCAUUAUUCUGUUGAUAAAAUACGAACUGAAAUUUUAGGUAUCAACCAUCCAGAUACAAUUUCAACAAAAAAUAAUAUUGCAAUCUGUUUGCACGAUAUGGGAAAAUACAACGAAGCUUUAGGAAUUUAUCAUUCUGUUGAUAAAAUACGAACUGAAAUUUUAGGUAUCAACCAUCCAGAUACAAUUUCAACAAAAAAUAAUAUCGCAAUCUGUUUGCGCGAUAUGGGAAAAUAUAACAAAGCUUUAGAAAUUUAUUAUUCUGUUGAUAAAAUACGAACUGAAAUUUUAGGUAUCAACCAUCCAGAUACAAUGGCAACAAAAAACAAUAUCGCAAUCUGUUUGUACGCCAUGGGGAAAUAUAACAAAGCUUUAGAAGUUCAUUAUUCUGUUGAUAAAAUACGAACUGAAAUUUUAGGUAUCAAUCAUCCAGAUACAAUGUCAACAAAAAAUAAUAUCGCAAUCUGUUUGUACGCUAUGGGAAAAUUCAACGAAGCUUUAGAAAUUUAUUACUCUGUUGAUAAAAUAGUUACUGAUAUUUUAGGUAUCAACCAUCCAAAUACAAUGACAAUAAAAAAAUAUAUAAGUUUAUGUUUGAGUAAUUUAAAAAAAUGAGA